AUGGCAACAUCUAAAUUGUCUUUCGAAAUUCUUACAUUCAUUGCGAAUUUGCUCUCGUUAAAUGACAAACUUAACUGCAUAACUGUUUGUAAAGCAUGGCAAACACCUUUUCAGGAAUCGCUUUGGCGAGUCAUCUGCAUAAGGAACAAGAGAAGACUGGAAACUAUUUGCAACAAAUCUAACAAGACUCAAAAAAAUUAUGAAAUAAAUGGAUACCGGGUACGAAAAUUGAGCUUGCAAACAUUUCUUGGUACCAGCGACAAUCAACUACACCAGCUUCAACAGACUUUCCCUUACAUUGAGUAUCUUCACAUGCCCGAGAAAUGUAUGAGUGAAGAAAUUGGAACCACGGCCGACUGGACAAUCUGGCGAUCAUUAAAGUGCCUAGAAAUCUACACUACAGGACUUUAUUUUGCCGACAAUACAGAUGAAUUCAUCAGUAUUUUGUCUUACUUGCCUAAUCUUAGACGAUUGGAUGUGCUUGGAGAAAAAGACGCUAGAAAAUUACUUUACAGACAAAAGGAUUUCGAAAAUCUACAUUCCCACUUACCCAGACUUGACUAUCUGUCAAUGAACUCAACUCUAGAGGCUCUUUGCACUGAAGAUCUAGUUGAAACUCCAAAAAUUAUGCCAGCAAAACACUUGACGGUGCUCAAGCUCUGUGUGGAUGAUAUGAGCCCGCAAUGGAUGUACUACUUUGCUCACAAAUACCAAAAUAUUCGACAAUUAGAAUUCAACAUCAACACUGAACUUUACAUGCCAAACUGCUUUCGAGAUGAGGCAACUAUUAUGCUAUUCAAACUUCGUUCUGUAUUCUCUCACCUCAGAAAUGUCUCAUUGACCGGAAGAUCGGGUACAGAAUGGUCGCAAAUUACAUUCUGGGAACUUCUUGGUCUGUCAGGAGUACCUAUCAAAUAUCUGAAUUCAACCAUCGAGAAACUUCGCCUCUCGAGUUGUAUCAGCUUCAAUGAACCCUGCAGACUUCCUAGCAUUAUCAGCCUCUGCCUUAACCUGGUAGAUUUAGAUAUAUGCUCGUACGAUACACACAUCGCAAUUGAUACUCUAUUGGACAAUUGCAGGUUUCUAACAAAGUUGGUUAUGGAUACUCGAACGAUUUUACUGAAUCCAAAUACACCUGCCACGCCUUUGACCCAUAUAUUGGAAUCAAUUGAAAUCAGAGUAGCCUGGACUAGUAGACAAAUAUUUAGCUACCUAUCAUCUCGGUGCAGAAAAUUAAAAGAGAUGCGGCUGACUGGUAUUUCUAUACACGGUUUAGUCUCCCACGAGACAGGAUGUUAUUAUCUGGAUAUGCCUUACACCAGGUUUGAGCUACUGCAGCUGAAUAGUGUAUUAUUUUAUUCGUCUGAAGCAUCGAUUCUCAAUGAUAAUCUUGUCAAUCUGUUUGUUAUCGAACAAGCAAACCCCACCCAGAGCACAUUGACUCAUGAAUCUAUCUUAUUCGAUAAUAAUCUCUUUCCAAAAGGUACCAACUCUAAAUGGUUUCACAUGCAGCCGGGUCCAAAUCGAUAUUUCCCGGAAGGAAUACCAUAUGAGUUACAACAAAACGAAGUGGAUCAGGCUAGACAGUACUUUAAGUCUUACCAUCUCGUGUAUGGGCAGCCGAUUUACAAACGCAAACUGGCUUUAUAUAAACCAGGUCAAAUAUCAAGUCAAUAUUGGAAGAAUGAUCUUUGGAGAGGCCAUGCUACACUACGAUGCGAAUACAUACACAGAUAUUUUAUAAGUAUUUUUGGUUCUAGAGAAUCCAUCGCGCAGUUAAAGCUACACGAAUCAAGCUAA